GUGGCACCUCGGCUUUCGAACGCCACUAAGAGCCGCUUGAUUAAGAGCUUGAUUAGUGUAUAAUACACCGGUUAAGUUUUGUGGAGCCCAGAAACUCCCGCCGGGCUGGUCGCUCAACGUGAUCUAGGUGUGUGUUGUUUUGUGGAGCCGAAUGAGUGCACUCACUUGACUUUCAGUUCUCCCAGCUCCCAACUGAAGCCGGCAGCAGCCAGUGCAUUGGGGAGAAGCCACUCAGCCCAGUUGGCCUAAGCCGAGUUGCCGAAUUGUGUGCACAGCUCACCCAGCCGAAGCCAUUGAUCCAAAAAGGCAGCCCUAGUGGCCAACCAGUGCCAGUGUGCUUUCAGUGUGAUUCAGUGCCUCAACACCAGCGCCAGCAUCAGCUGCUACUCCUGUUGAUUGAUCUCUGUCUGUGGAGGACCCUAGACGUCCUAGACAAACGUCUCAAACGGCUAGAAAAAGGAUAUAAAUUCUUGUGUCCGUUCUGCAGUGCAGCUUUCGUGAAAACACGACGCGGGUGCUAUAACACGAGAAUUAUUCGGUGAACAGUGACGGGUGCCGUUGCGCAACUCAUUUCCCCUCAAAGUGUUUGUGUUUCAAGUGAAAUCGAAAAAAGCCACCAAGCCCAAAGAACGGAAAUAACCGUCGCAGUGACAAACGUAGUGAUCCCUAGAUUUAAGAUUUGUGGAUUAGCUUCUCUCUGAGCCAGAGGAAGCAUCCUUGUCUUUUUUUUCCCGGGGGAAAUUACCAAGUGCUAAGGGAAACAGUGCAACAGCUGGAGUGAAGCUGAAAGCGGGAAAUAUGGUGAAGUUUUUUGCCAUUAUUGGCGUCAUAGCGCUGGUGACGACGGUGACGGCAACGGGACGUACGAAACGGCAGGCCGAAGAAACGAAAAAAGAAGAAUCCUUCGAGAAGGAGCUUUGCAAAGACAAAGAUGCCGGCGAAUGGUUCCGGUUAGUGGCCGGCGAAGGCGAUAACUGUCGUGACGUCAUCCAGUGUACAUCGUCGGGUCUACAAGCCAUUCGAUGCCCGGCCGGUUUGUACUUCGACAUCGAGAAGCAGACCUGCGACUGGAAGGACGCCGUCAAGAACUGCAAGAAUAAGAACCGCGAGCGGAAGAUCAAGCCACUGCUCAUUACUGAUGAGCCACUCUGUCAGGACGGCUUCCUGGCCUGCGGUGACGGCAACUGUAUCGAACGAGGGCUGUUCUGUAACGGCGAGAAAGACUGCAACGACGGGUCGGACGAAAACUCGUGCGACAUCGAAAGCGAUCCCAACCGAGCGCCGCCCUGCGACCCAUCGGUGUGCGUCCUGCCGGACUGUUUCUGUUCCGAAGAUGGCACCACCAUUCCCGGGGAUCUGCCGGCCAAGGACGUCCCUAUGAUGAUCACCAUCACCUUCGACGAUGCCAUCAACAACAACAACAUCGACCUGUACAAGGAAAUCUUCAACAGCAAGCGCAAGAACCCUAAUGGUUGCGACAUCAAGGCCACUUACUUCGUGUCGCACAAGUACACCAACUAUUCGGCAGUCCAGAACACCCAUCGCAAGGGUCAUGAAAUCGCUGUCCACUCGAUUACUCACAACGACGAUGAACGAUUCUGGUCGAACGCAACUGUCGAUGACUGGGCUAAGGAAAUGGCUGGUAUGCGUAUAAUCAUCGAGAAGUUUGCCAAUCUGACCGAUAACUCGGUUGUCGGAGUACGUGCCCCGUAUCUGCGUGUGGGAGGUAACAAUCAGUUCACCAUGAUGGAGGAACAGGCUUUCUUGUAUGAUUCAACUAUCACCGCUCCGUUGUCGAACCCGCCACUAUGGCCUUACACUAUGUACUUCCGUAUGCCACACCGUUGCCAUGGAAACCUGCAGAACUGCCCAACUCGUUCGCACGCCGUAUGGGAAAUGGUCAUGAACGAACUGGAUCGUCGAGAGGAUCCAACCAACGAUGAAUAUUUGCCUGGGUGUGCUAUGGUUGACUCGUGCUCUAACAUUCUGACUGGAGAUCAGUUCUACAACUUCUUGAACCAUAACUUCGAUCGUCACUACGAACAGAACCGUGCUCCACUGGGUCUGUACUUCCAUGCUGCCUGGUUGAAGAACAACCCCGAAUUCUUGGAUGCCUUCGUGUACUGGAUUGACGAGAUUCUGUCUAAUCACAACGAUGUCUACUUCGUCACCAUGACCCAGGUUAUCCAAUGGAUCCAGAAUCCACGUACUGUAUCGGAGGUCAAGAACUUCGAACCAUGGAGGGAGAAAUGCGUUGUUGAAGGCAAGCCAGCCUGUUGGGUUCCUAACUCUUGCAAGCUAACCUCCAAGGAAGUUCCCGGAGAAACCAUCAACUUGCAGACAUGCGUGCGUUGCCCCAACAACUACCCAUGGGUCAAUGACCCCACCGGAGAUGGAUUCUUCUAAAUUCCUCCACCACUCAUAAAAGCCCACCCCUAACAAAAACUCUAGUUCACUUUUUUAUUACUUUACCUUUUAUAAUUGCAUUAUUUGAUUGUAUUUUAGCUUCUACUUCAAAAACUGCCUUUUAUCUAUCCUUUCGCAUGACUUUACCCUCAAACCUUGCAACAAAUUACCCUAAUUACAAUUUUAAACAAGACUUUAUAAUGCGUUCCGCUUGAAAAACAUCCAUCCGGGACCUUCGACAACGCUCGAGCCGAACAUCUAACAAAACAUCGUGCGAUUUUAUGUUGAAACAUCGAUGAAUCGAACAUCAAAAGAUAUCUUUAAUUAUGGAUGGCAGUCACCUUCUCUCAAAAAAACGAGGCACGAAAACAAUGGAAGAGCUCUCCGAAACAUCAUCAACAACCGCAACCUGUAAGCUGCCAUCGGUUGAUUGGAUUCCCCUCUGAAGUGAGAAAGAGAGAAAAAACCGAAAACAAAAUGCUGUGGAUAUUUUUGUAUCGUUUAUAAUUUAUAACUUAAACAACAAAAAUGGAGAAAAAUGCGAUAGAACAAAACCCGCAAAUGAUUAUAUUUUACACGUUAGUUAUAUACUCUCGAGACCACAAGUAAUUUUAGACUAUCCUUUUCCUGUUUUUUAAACGAUAUGAUUUUAUAAUUUGUGUAAAAUGUAAAUACUGUGCAACUGUGUAAUGUUAAGUGACGCCUGUGAGAUGAAAAAAAAACAAAAACACACAUUUUUUUAUUAGCACAUUGACCCUAUUUGUUAGGAUUUGGUAUUAUCCAAAUACCACUCAAUGCUUUUAACAACAACAAAUUCUACAGAAAUCUCCAUUCAGAUCUAAGAAAACGUGUCGAAAUUAUACGGUUGUUUUCUUGUUUGGACCAUUUUGUGACAAAAAAAAGAACCUUAAAGUGAAAUACUUGUUUAGACAUUUUUAUUCCUCCGGAAGAAUGUUGCUCCCGAAUGACUUCUCCGUACAGUAAUUAGAAAUAAAUUUAAAUUAAAGAAAAUUUAA